UUGAAAAAAUUUAUUCAUGCCCUAGACAGCAGAUACGAGUUACCUGACAAAAAUACACUGAAAUGUACACUGAUACCAAAAGUAUAUGAAAACUUAAAAAAUAAAUUAGAAGAGGCCCUUGCAAUAACUAGUUAUUUGAAUAUUACCACAGACAUGUGCACAAGCAACGCGAACAAAGGCAUACAAGCAUUGACUUGCCAUUUUAUUAAUGACGGGAUAUUACUUUCACCCCUAUUAAAGGUGACAAAAGUUGAAGGCCAUCAUAACUCGGAAACUAUGGCACAUGUCAUCAACAACAUACUAGAGGAAUAUAAUAUUCACGACAAGAUAGUAACAAUAGUAACCGACAAUGCUUCAGUUAUGAAAGAAACUGCUGAUAUGUUAAAGAUCCGUCAUUCACCCUGA